AUCAUUUAAUGUUUGACGGUUAAAGAGCAGAAAUGUCUGAUGAUAUGAUCAGGACUGAGUCUGAGAGAAUGAACACAGACAGAGUGGAGAUGAUGGUGGAAAUCUAUGAGAGUGCAGAAUGUGUGAGAGAUCAUGACUUCAGGACAGAGACAAACACACUCCAACCACUUCAGCGUACAGGAAGUGUUUGUGUGAAGAUCAGAAGCUCCAGAGCAGCUGCAGUGUGUUUGGUGCUGCUGUGUGUUCUUCUGCUGACUGCAGUCAUAGUGCUGUGUGUCCACAUCCAUACAAAGAGCUCAAACGACACACAAGAGACACACCAGCUACUAACUAACAUCACCAACCUCUCAGAAGAGAGAGACGAGCUACUGACCAUGAUUACCAACCUCAAAGAAGAGAGAGAUAGGCUGAAAAUAAAUACCAAAAACCUGACCAAUGAGAGAGACCAGCUAAAAUUGGAGAAAAAUGAUCUUCAGAUGACUCUUGGUAAACUGGAUGGAUGGAUUUACUAUCAAUCCAGUCUUUACUUCAUUUCCUCUGAGAAGAGGAACUGGGCUGAGAGCAGAAGAUACUGUACAGAGAGAGGAGCAGAUCUGAUCAUCAUCAACAACAGAGCGGAACAAGAAUUUGUCAAGAAAAAUUAUGAUAGUUUCUGGAUUGGUCUGACUGACAGUGAUGUGGAGGGCAGAUGGGAAUGGGUUGAUGGCAGCACACUGACCUCUGAGUGA